GACCAGCUGCUGGACAUGUCCUACGGGCAGCUCAUGCAGCUGUACUGCGCGCUGCAGGGGCGGCGGCUGAGCCGGGGCUUGCAGCGGAAGCAGCAAUGGCUCCUCAAGCGGCUGCGCAAGGCCAAGAAGGAGGCACCGCCCGUGGAGAAGCCCGAGGUGGUGAAGACGCACCUGCGGGACAUGAUCAUCCUGCCCGAGAUGGUGGGCAGUGUGGUCGGCGUGUACAAUGGCACGACGUUCAACCAGGUGGAGAUCAAGCCUGAGAUGAUCGGCCACUACCUGGGCGAGUUCUCCAUCACCUACAAGCCCGUGAAGCACGGCCGGCUGGGCAUCCGUCUUGUCUUUCUAGUUAGGGUAGUACUACAAUGUGUUUACUGCUGGGUGGAACAACAUUUCCCCUCGAGAAUAAUCUGA